AUAUAUAUUAGUUUCCGGGAGGCAAAAAAAAAUCACACAAUUCAAUUGAAAGAAGACAAGAAGAGAAAAGAAGAUGGCGUUGAAGAGAUCAACAACGUCGUUUAGGAGACAAGGAUCGUCGGGACUCAUCUGGAAUGACAGGUUCGUGAGUGGAGAGAUUCGUCCCAACGUGGAAAGACAAGAAGAAUUGAACAACGAUCAUCGUGACGGAUCAAUGGCGGCUAGUACGCCUCCACCGGUGCAACGUAGCGCAUCAGACGGAGGACGUGGCCAUGGUGGCGCAAGAGUACUUGGGGAGAUAUCUCCAGCUUUGGAUCCACCUUCUCCUAAGAUAUCUUCCGUUGGUUGUGGCUUUUGUUCUUUGUUUUCGUCUAACGGCCGGAGAGGAAAGCAGAGGUAGGACAAGAUCAAGCGCUGGAGGUUUAUAAUUAGAUUAUCAAUAAGUUGUAAUUUAUUCAUAUUUAUUAAUCACAACAAUUGAUCUUGAUGACAUUAUUAUAUUCAGGAUUUG